AGGGGAACAUUAACUUCAAACCAAAGAAAAGCACAUCAAAAUGCUACAUUACAUGCAAAUACAGACUUGUUACUUCAACAGUAAAGGAAAAAAUAUAAUGGCAGAAUUAAAUUUGUCAAAUUCCAAUGCAGUAGAUCAUCCCACUGGAUGAUUCUUGUCAUGGCACCUAACAGAAAAAAAAUAGGAAUCCCACUUGCAUAAAAUUGGAUGCUUAACCAAUGCUUAUGUGCUUGAAAUACAGAAAUACAGUGCAUUAUAAUCAAGAUUUUGUGAAUUGACUGAAGAAGUUGCCACAUACAACAUGAAGUUGAAACACAGGCAGAACAUAUUGUGAACGAAUUAACAGGAAAGAUACUUGGCAUCGGACUAAAUGGUAUUAUGAGAACUAUCAUCCCUCCUGGCUACCUCACGACACAGAGUUAUAUGGCACUUUGCACCUGUUAUCAGCAACAGUCCUCAAGGAAAUCCGCACCAGGGGUGUGGGACAGAAUAGUUCUCCUAUAGCUGCUUGUUAGCUUCACAUGCUCAUUCAAACAUUCACGUGUACUUUGCACACGGUAAUCGUUCAUGUGGCAAAAUACGUCAACAUCAUUCAUGGUAUCAGAGCAUUCUCUAGCUCAUGUUACCUUGAUGAAAGCAAUGUCUACUGCCCUCUACCUUCUGCAGUGGAACUCCUCUUUACCAAUACCCACCGGUCUCUCCCAUUUCCAGAGUCACCUGCCUCUGCGGGGAUGGGAGAGAGCAGUAGGUGGCGGUGAAAAGGAGGGGGGUCACAGAAGGUAGGAGACAGUGGUUUGGAAGCGUGAGCCAGAUAAUCACUUAUACCAUGAGUGAUGAAUGACUGUGAGUACGCCACACAAACACCUGCCAUACUCAUUGAUUAUGUAGAUAGUACAUUACAUUUGAAUGGGUAUGUGAAGUUACCAUGAAAUACUAUGAAGCAGCUGCAGGACACCUAUUAUAUCUCAUGCAUAGUGAGAAAAUUGUCAUAGGCUAUUGGAAGGAGUGUGUGCUGUUAAGUAUAUAUGUUGUGUUUGUCUUGUACAGGCCCAGGCCCAUAGUCUAGAGUGAGGCCCAGGCCCAUGUAACCUUGUAUAUAUGUCUCUCCUCCUCAAUACAGAAAACUGUUCGGUCAUUCUCUCUUCCUCACGUUUCCUAACAUGGUAUCAGAGCAGGACCAAACCCUAGUCCCUCUUCCAGCCGCCACCCAUGAAAUCGCCGCCGGUGAGGUGAUUCAGGCGGAUCUGUCUGGUGAGGAGACAUCCACAUCGCUGCCCCAUCCCAUCUUCGUCAUCAACCUGUAGGAGCUGCUCUCCAGCAGCUCCUUUGUGUGUCCUCACAGCUACUCUGUGAGAAUACUUCCCCUGCUCUCCAGCAGCCAUCUCCAGCAAGCUCUUGGUGCCUUCCCUGCUCUACAGCAAGCUCCAGGCGUUCCCCUUCUAUCCAGCAAGAUCCAGCAAGCUCCACCUUCUAUCCAGUGAGAUCCAGCUCCUGUUUGUGGCUGUCUGCUGCUCUUCUCUUGUUGCUGCCUGCAGCUGCUAUCAGAUUGGGUGUUUUCAGCUGCUGGCCGCUCACCACUAUGGCAAGAAAUGAUUUCGGAUUUGGUUCUUUGAUCAUAGAUAUCAAGCUUGAUGGUUCAAACUACAGGGAAUGGGCAUUUUUUGCCCGGACUGUCUUGAGGACGGCUGGUUUUGUUUCUCGUCUGACAGAUGAUCCACCUAGUCCAAAUGAUGAUGCAGCAAGGAAGUCUUGGCAAAAGAUCGAUGAUCGUGUGAUGGGAGUUUUAAUUCUGGGUGUUGAACCCUCACUCCGAAUGAGUCUUGAGCAUCACACUUCAGCUAAAGAGAUAUGGAAGUACUUUGAGCAGCGCUACCUUCAGCCCAGCAGUGCACUUCAUUUCUCCUUGUUGCAGAAUUUACACAACACUCAGCAGCCAGAAGACAUGUCCAUAGAAGAGUACUAUGGAGCUUUCACUCGCAUCACUGGGCAGCUAGGUUCCAUGGUUCCAAAGGGUAAUUCUGGUUGUGAGUCAUGUGCAGCAAAGGAAAAGUAUGACCAUCAGACUCUCAUGUUUCAGUUUGUGAUGGGUCUCAAGCCAGACUUUGAGAACAUUCGCACUCAAUUGCUUGGUCGUACGACUCCUCCCACCUUGACAGAGGCACUUGCUAGCUUGAUCGCUGAGGAGACUCGUCUCCGUUCUCUUGGGGCUACUUCUGCGCAGACUCUACACACUAGUGUUCUGGCUUUUCCUCAGCGGCCAGGUGCCUCCAAGGCCACACCUUCAGCUGUCGUCUGCUCGUUCUGCAAGAAGGCAGGACACCACAGAGAUGGUUGUUUCAAGCUUCAUCCAGAGCUGUUAGCUGAGUUUCAGGCUAGACGGGCCCUCAAUCAGCAGCGUCGUGCACCCCAGGCUCCUUAUCAGCAGCAAGCGAGGGGUGCUUCUGCAUCUGUUCUCUCUCAGCCCGCUGUUGCUGCAACCCAGCCUUGGGUUCUGGACUCUGGAGCUUCUUUCCAUGUGACCUCUGAUCACUCUCAGCUCAGGAUGGGAAUGGGCCAACCCGGCCCUGGCCUUGGACCCGGCCCUCAUGGCCCCAAGGCCAAUUUGAGAAGCCACGGGUCGACCCAUAUAAAAAAUAGUCAGUGGCCUUGUUGGCCCGAUGGGCAUUCCGGGUCGACCCAAAUUCUUGAUUUACAUUGUCUUGUGCACAAAUGAGAUGUUAAAAUUAGACACGCUUUAAUGGAAUCUAACUAGUGUAAGAAUUAAUAAAAUAUUUAAUACAUGGUAAUAGGAAAAAAUUAAGCCGUCUACUUGUGAUUUUGUACAUGCGCAUUUUGAUGAAACAUAUCAAGACAAUUUUGUUGUUCAUAUAUGCGAGCGUUCGCCGAAAAUUAUACAACUGACUGCAUUGUAAAAUUGGCUCCUACGACAAAGUCGGCAGGAUGAAGACUGCGGCUGUUGUGAGCUAUAAGACUAUAAGGCGGGCCGGCCCCGCUGACCCAACGGGUCACUCGGUGGCGGCCCUGUUGACCCAAAUCUUGUUUGAGGCCGACCCACGUGACCCAUUGGCCUUGAAUUUUUGGGUCGGGUCAGUGACCCGGCGGGCCGACCCGGCCCAUUCCCAUCCUGACUCUCAGCUUGUGUCUUGCCAGCCAGUGCGGGAUGGUGCCUCUGUUCAGACUGCUGAUGGACCGUCAGAGCAAGAGGGUCAUUGGAACUGGCCAUCGCCGUAGAGGAUCCACAUCCCUCUACAUCCUUGACACCUUACACCUUCCUUCAGCUUCCACCACAUCCGCGUUCCGGAUGGCUGCAUCAACAUCAAGAUCCACUUCGUCGUUUUCUUUUGCCCAGUGGCACCAUCGCUUAGGUCACUUGUGUG